UCUCUUUUCCCUCAUUCUCAACAUCCAGAACCAUCCCCUUUCCCCCUUUCCCUUCUCACCUUUCCUCCCCAUUCACUGCCCUGGCUACAGGAGUGAGAUAUGCAGUCCUUUCGUGAGCACAGCAGCGGUUACCACAGUAACCAGCCUUGCUACCAGCAGGAGCCCCAUGAAUUAUCCCGCCUGGAGACCUACCGGCAACACCCUCAUCAUCCCCACCCUCAGCAUCCACAUCCAGGCCCUGGACCACAUCCAGGCCCAGGCCCGGGGCAGAGCAGACCGGGCUAUGAAACACACUCCUUGGCAAACACUGCUAGCAUGCCUCCGGCCGGAGGAGGAGGGAUGGGAGGAGGAUCCAAAGACUGUUACAGCCAGCAAACCUAUGCUGGAUACCCAGGGACUGCUGGAGGGACUGGCAGUGGAAAUGGGGGCUCAGCAGCCUCACAGACAAAGAAGUCCUUCAGAGGAAACAAAGUGCCCCCAACAAACCCUGGUCAGCAUCUGCAGGGUUCUGGAGGGUACAAUAACCACAUGGGCCCAAGUAGUUACUCGGCCCAGUAUUUAAGUGAGGGGCAUCCCCAACAAAAGUGGGAGGACUCACCCCAACUUGCACAGUUUGAACAGGAGAUGGUGGGACGUUUGGAAGCUGGCAGUACCCCCACGCCGGUUUCCUCUCAGUACAUGGACCUGAACAUUAUGGGGCAUUCUCAGACCCAGUGCCAUCAGCCCUCUACCUCUAUUUAUACCAGCCCCCACAGUCAGCCUCACCCUCCUAACCUUGCCCCUUCACCCCUUAUGUAUCCCCAGAGCCACCUGCACUACCCACAGCCUUCCCCUUCUCCAUCUCCAUACAUGGAAAAGUGCAAUCCAAUGCCCCACUGCUAUAAAGGUUACAACAUACCUCCGAAUUCCCAGUACGUAAGACAAAUGAGCAGCCACAGCAAUCUAAAGCAAGGAAACUACAGGUCGACCCAGAAUAAUUACAGUUAUCAGCAGGCCCUCCCCAGAGUUUAUGAGCAGCAGCCCUCUUUACAGUCCUUGACCAACACCUCAGAGCCCCACCCGAAGUACCAACAGUACAACCAACCCCAACAAAACUACUGUUUGUCAGACCUGCCAGUCAGAUCUCCAGAGCAGUAUUAUCAGACUUGUAGCCCCUCCUCCAAUCACUCCCCUGCACGUUCUGUCGGGCGUUCACCCUCGUACAGUUCCACCCCUUCACCACUAAUGACAAAUCCAGACUCAUUCCAGUACAGCCAGCCGCCCAUGACACCUGGGGCAGCCUCAACCUCUUCGUCCUCCUCAACUGGCAUGCAGGAUCAGGCCAAUGCAAACAACAUGCUGCUGCCCCCGCGGUCACACCCAUCACCCAACGUGUCGCUCACAGCCCCCCACAGCUUCACUACAACACCACAAGUUCCCACCAUGAAAGAACGCUUUUCAGAGAAACUGUUAUCUAACCCCAGCUUGUGGAGCCUGAAUGCCCUCACCUCUCAGGUGGAGAACAUCUCAAAUAAUGUCCAGCAGCUGCUGCUUUCUGAGGCAUUGGUUGCAAACAAGAAAGCCAGUAAACGCAGCAGUGGUGGGAGUACCAGCAGUGCUGGAAGUGGAGUGUCCUCUAAAAAGGGUGAAGAGUACAAAAGUCCUUCUUAUGCAGAUAGCAGUGGUGGUGUGGGUGGGGGACCCAUGCAGGACCGCUACUCCACCCCCCAACACCAGUCAAUACCCAUGGAAAUCCAUGAGGGUGGUUACUCCAGUAGUAGUGAAGAACCUCUAGAUAGAGGCUACUAUUACUUUGGCCAGAGCAGAAGUCCGGCUCAGGCCCACAACAACACUCAAAUCAGUCUUGACACAGCCUCGUCUUGCUCGCUUGCUUCUCCUGAUGACAUGUCAACCAGGUCUGGUGACUCAGGUCUCCACAACCUAACUCCUGACCCUACCAGGUGUCAGCCAGGACAGGUAGGUGACGGCAUGAGUACUCCUGCAAAAAGCUUGAGUGACGAGCGGUCUCCCACAAGUGUCAUGAUUCCCAGCCCCAUGAAACAAGAACAAGAUUCCCCAUCAAAUGUGCAGAGCAUCAUAGAGCCUGGCAAAGAGAAUUUUGAAGAGUCAGCAUGGAUGGAUAAAUCGGUUGACAAAGACGAGGUGACAAUAGAGAAAAAACAUGACUGGGAGAGACUUUCAGAUUCAGCCAAGUCAAUGGAGAAGCCAGAUAAGUGGUCAGAUGAAGAAAAAUGUCAAGCAGCUUACAGCAAAAUAAAUACAGGUAUGACAGAAAAACACUAUUGUUAUGAGAACACAGUGUACCAAGAGGUCCAGGGCAAAUAUGACCCUGAUGCAGCAGAUUCUGUUGAAGAGUCACCAGCAGACCUCUCUGACUCAAGCAACAAAGAUCCAUUUGGUCGGGAGAUUAAGACAGAGGCAUUCAAAUCAGAAUCUCCAACAGCUUCUGAAAGCUCAGUGAAAACAUUUUCUUUUAUUUCAAGGGGUGACCUUGAGCAGGAUCAAUAUUCCAUUGAAAAGGAUGAUAGCUCAGAGAACGCCAGCCCAACACCCCAAGCUGAAGUCUUGGAAGACUGUGACUCGGAUAAAAGAGAGAGCAGAGAUCAAGAGAAUGAAGAAAGAGAAGAGGGUAUGGGAAAGGAGAAGGUCGUUGAAAAUGAGGAAGACAUGCAGAAAAAACGUAAAAGCUCAGCUUCCCCUCAUUUCUCUGAAGAGGUGAGAGUAGACCAAGGGGAGGGGAAGAAACUCAGCCAGUCAUCGACUGAAGAGCACAUGAAUAAUAGAGUUAGCCAAGAGAAUCCUUCUGGAGAUCUUUUCAGUAGAACAGAGAGUUUGAGUUCUGAGUUCAAUACAGAUGAUGAAUUUGCAGGGGCAUUUGUCAGAGCUAAUUUAGCAUCAGCUAAUGCAGGGAUGGAUCCUUCUGCGAGAGAGUCAGCCAUUGGUGACACUGUCCCUCAGUCUCAAUCUGCCAUGCCUGUAUUUUCUGCUCUCACCGAAAAGGCAGCACCUCCGGUGCAGGGAAGGGAUCAUAUUGAUCACAGUGAUGCUAAAGUGCUGGAGCCAGACUCUCCUCAACUGCCAGGGAAGUCAAUACUCCCGUCAGCUCCUUCCUGGGCAAACACGCCACCUUCCCCCAAAAAAGGUGAUGAGGAUUUAGAAUCGGGCAUCAGCUGCACUAGUGCCAUGACUCCAUUGGCUAAACCAGAGCCGGUAGCUCCAUCUUCCCAACCAAGAUCAUUUGGACGUAAGCACGCCAGAGGUCGACGGAGAAUAACUCAUUCAGGUGUGAGGAUACGGCAACAGUUACGUUUAGAGAGGGAGGAGGAAAAGGAUGAGGAAAGAGCCACACCUGCCUCACAAAUGUUGGACGUGACUCCCAGCAAGACUGAGCUAUACUCAGAUCACACUGAUCUACCACAUCAGGACUCCAUUGUAAGUCAGACUUCCAAAAUAGUGACAGAUGGUUUUCGUUCAAGAAUGUGCACCCGCUCGUUUAAUGCAACAGAUGUGCAAACCAAAACUGAACUCAACUUGAAGAGAAAGCCCGGCCCAAAGGCGGGUUCAAAACCUGGACCAAAGCCAGGAAUAAAACCUGGGAUGAAGCCAGGGCCUAAGCCUGGACAAAAGUCCAUUUCAAAACCAGGACCUAAACCUGGACCAAAACCUUUACCAAAUGAAACAGAAAUACCGCUAAAAAUUGACUCUGUUGUUAAACGUAAACCAGGACCCAAACCAGGUUCAAAGCUCAGAUCAAAGCCUGUUUCAAAAUCUGUUACAAAAACAGUCCCAAAACCUGGACCUAAACUGACUCCUAAGCCUGGACUCAAGCUUGAGGAUGCUUUGACACCAAUAGAUAUUCCCUCUAUUAAAGGUGUAGUAGGUCGGCCCAAAGGCUCCAUAACUAAAGCAAAAGUAGUGCAACAGGAAGUCACAGUUGAAGCUGUUGCAGGGCAACAAAGUAGAGGUAGAAAAAGCCUUAAAACCUCAAUACCCCAACUGAACCAGGAUACUAAACCAGCGCAAGCAGACAGCCAAGUACAACCUGAGGCAAAGGCAGUAGAAAAUGAGAGUAAGAACAUGGUCUUGAGAUCCAGAAAACCCCCAAAAGACAAACUGGAAAAUGACAAAAAGAAAGUCACACAAGGAGACACCCAUACAUUAUUAAAAAUUAAAGUCAGGGAUGUUUCUCCAGUAAUAGAAGACAAUAUUGAUGUAGAACUAACUCCAACUACUGGUUCUGACAUGGUUAAAACACCAGAUGCUUCUGACACACCUGCACCACCUUCACCAUCAGAUUUCCUCCUGCAAUCUCAGAAAAAGACCUCCCCACCACUAAAUGUAAAUCAGCGUAAAUCUACCCCAGAGACACCCAUCAAGAAAAAGAGGGGUCCAAAGCCCAAACCAAAAAUUGCACCACCUCAAACAGAAACACAGGAAGAGGUUGACCCAACACUCACAGAAAAAAAUGUGCAAGGUCCCAGAAGAAAGCGCGGCCCACCCAAGAAGACCUCCACAGUCACCCUCAUAACCAAAGACAUUAGUGUCACUGACGUCGUGGGUGAUGUGGCAGCAAAUCCUCAUCAGUGCCCUACCAAAACAAAAGUUCUCCCACCACGUAAAGGCAGGGGUCAAAAAUAUGAGGCUAUGGUACAGAAGAUUACUUCGCCAAGCUCCAAGAAACACAUGCCAACACCUCAGCCAGACAGCAUUCUAAUGGAUGAUGCCGCAAACAAAGUGUUGUCUGAGAAUGUUCUAAAGGAAAGUGAAAGUCCAGUUCAGACAAACAAUACUGAGAUGUUAGAACCUGGGAAAGAGGGGUCAAAGCAGCAGAAAGCAUCAGUCAUUAAGGAAGAGAUGACACAGGAAAGAGAAAAUCAGGAAAUGACUGAGGAGAAGUUAACAGAAGGGUUAAGACACAGACAGAAGGAUGAGGUAUCAAAUAAGACAGAGAAGAAAGAGGAACACUUUAAAGUAGACACACAGCAGGAUAUCACAGAGUAUAAUGCUUUGGGUUCAACAGACACCCACUUAGAUGUAGGAGGUUUAGGUGAGUUGACACACCAGGCAUCGGAAAGUGUAAUCACUGCUGCCCUUAAAUCCACUAGAGCCAAAAGGAAGAGAUGGGCAAUGGUAGAGAGUGCAGAUGUUUCAGUUGUAGCCUUAGAAGCCGGAAGCCUAAUAGUCACAACCCCCAGGUUAGCAAAACAGAGGGCCAUCAAAAACAACCACGAAAUGCACCUUAAACAAAGAAGGAAGAAGAGAAAAGAUCAGGAGUCCACAGAGAAAAGUGAUACAGCUGAAGAAACCAACACUGAAGGGAUAAAACAAGAAGAAUCAGCAGAUGAGAAAGUGACCCCUAUGGAAACAACAACACCGCUGUCAGUUAGCCAGGAUGAGAUUCUAGAAAACCCCCAGUUUAUCAAAACCGAAAUCGUUCAAAAACCUCGAAGAGGACGAAAACCAUCAGCACACCCGACUAAAAGAAAAAGAAGCAAAACCCCAAUAAAACAGUUACCUGUCAAGCUGCUGAAAGUUCAUAAAAAGCCAGGCCCAAAACCUGGCAUGAAGGAUGCUAUUGAGGUAAUUGAGGCAGUUGUUAGAGCUGCUGGUUGCGAACAGGCUAAAAAAGAAGAGAGAGAAAUAGAAGAAAGGACAAGAUUGGAAAGGGAGAAUCCAGACAAGGAGGACACGGGCAUCAUGGGUCCUGUGGUGACUGCAACGGAGAAACUGACAGAGAUCAUUUCUGUGAAAAGAAUCAGGCGCAAACCGAUCUAUCAAAACUCAAAGCUGUCUUUUUGUCCCUACGUACGAAUCAACAACUCCAGGGACUUUUCAUCCUGGUGUGCCAUAGUCAACAAGCCUGACGACGCGGUGGUAUUUCAGAGGCGGAGAAAAAAGGGCAUUCUUAGAAUGAGGAAUCCUUUCACUGUGGCUAAGGUGACGCCACACACUGCCGCCAUGAUACAGGGGCCUAUGGUCAAUACAGAUAUAUCUGGUAGGAGUCUUACAUGUUGUCUUUGUGGAAAGCCAGCAAAUUACAAAGACCUCGGGGAUUUGUGUGGACCAUACUACGCAGAAGAUAGUGUUCCGCGUAAAGUUUUGACCAUCACACACACAGAAUCCUUCAGAGAAGAGUCAAACACAACUUGUGGCAAUGACUGUAGCACUGCUGAAAAACCAGGUGCUUCGGAGAACGACGCCGAGGUCAACGUGGACAAAGAAGGAAACGCAGAAGCAUCAUCUCAAGAGCCCAGCAGCAGCAGGCAUCAUCACUGGCGCUAUCGAAGAGCAGAGAGACCUGAAAGGUCAUGUCGGGAAGGCGCUCCACGAAGAUUAACGCUUCGAGAGAGGUUCAGGAAAAUGAAGCAGCUUCAGAAUGUCAGCAAAGGGGCUUCAGGGGACCAAGAGGGAACCAACAGCAUCUUCCAACGGCUGCGAAUGGAAGCAGAGGCCAGUGAGCACUGGGCUCAUGAAAACUGUGCCAUUUGGACCAAGGGGGUAAUUAUGGUAGCUGGGAGACUGUAUGGACUGAAGGAGGCUGCCAACAGCUCAGCACAAACGAACUGCUACAAGUGCCAGACUGAGGGGGCAUCCCUCAGCUGCUGUUGGAGAGGCUGCUCUCAUAAAUACCACUAUGUCUGCGCCAAAGAGAUAGGACCUGUAAGAUAUUCCUGUGUUCCACAUUCACUGCCAUUCUGCCACCAAUCCAGCAAGGCUCCAACAGCCACCCAGCGCACACGGAUGAUGGAGAUGAUGGAUGUUGGCCGGAGGCUGCACUGCGGUGGAGCCGGGAGCGGUUCAAACCCUGGCUGCCGCCUGAGCUCGGACUAAGAUAUGGGAUUUCUCAGAGGAGUCCGUUGCAGCGAGGCGGUGGCACUGUUUAGGAGGAGGACACGCUUUGUCUGGAGCCUUGUGCACAUUUUGAGGGGAGAGGCUGCUUAAAAUGCAGAGGGGAGAGAACGUGUGUGCUCUGCCUUCAGAUGGGUUGCUAUCGUCCUCAGACAGCUGGCAGACACUGAUUGGACAGGAACAUCCCUCUGGCCACCUUGUCCGUGGGCCAACAGGUGCACACGCGUGUGCUGGAGCCUCUCUGGGAGUGUGUGUGAAAAGCAUUUUCAUUCCACGUGCACAUCACCAGUACACGGUUGGUUUCCAUGGGUGUGUGUGUAAAAAGCAUCUUCAGUGCAACAUUACCACAAGGAGAAAAAUCCAAAAAACGAAAGAAAAAAAACAGCAACCAAACCACUGGAUGUAGUGUCUCAAUCUGUGCAUUUGUGUUGAAAACGAGACAAAAUGUGAGGAAAGUGUACAUGCUGAUGUGCUUCACAGGUUCUAAAUAUUCCAAAAUCCAAGAGUUAUAAUGGACGCAGUAUUUUAAUAUAAUGCUCUUAUCUUUGGAGAUGUAUUUUAAUGUGCAUUAUGACUAAACAUCAUUGCGUCAUAUUGGUAUAUGUCAGGCUUUGUGUUCUUCAAAACAUGCAAAAAAAAUGUAUAAAGGUAUUUAUAAAAAAAAUUAAGAAAAAUAUGAAUUCUGUUUAAGAGUUUAUUUCUAAAUGAGUGACCAUCCGAGAUGUACAGUCACCAUAGUUGCAGAUGAGGAAGCAGCCCCAUCUCACCUCAUGAGUCUGUACAGUUCCGAAGUAUUAACCGUGAUUACGUCACACGCCACGAUUCUACGACACACGCCUGUCAGUCUGAAAAAAAUGUAGCCUCUUUUGCUCCACUGUGAUGCCCAUCACCUCAGAGCGGGAGCCCCAGUUCUGGUCACAUCAAACGUUGACAUUUUUGAGUAUUGAAACUGGAAAAAAAAAAAAAAAAAAAAAAAACUGCAUUAAAAUUUUUCUCUUUUCUGAGGCUCGUUAUUUAAUGGUGUACAUAGGUCUUUGAUGCUGUUUAAAUGUAAGAUGUGAUGUACUAAUAUAAUUGUGUAUAGUAUUUCUUAGAGAUGUUUAUUUUCUAUAAAAUGGAAUAUGUUAUUGCUUAUAAAAUGUUAUUAAAAGAACCCAUUCAUGAAAAAAAAAUAAUGCUAACAAUAAUAAUGCCAAUCUUUUUGGGAAUGUCACUUGUCUUAAGUGGGAGCAUGCCGUUUUAUUGAUUUUCAUGUCGAUUUGUUUGGACUUGAUGACGCAGCAUCACUUUGUUUGAGAUGUUUUUUUUUUUGUAACGCCAAUGUUAAAUAUACCAGCACUUUUCAAUGCUGCUACAACCAAA